AUGUCGCAGACAGUGACAACAACGCAAUCGGCACCAGUCCAGCCUCCCAGGCAGGCACCAAAGGUACACCUGGUACCAUGGGAUCCAGACUCACCUGAGCAUGCGGAGCGGAUGAGACUACAGAGAGUCGAGUGCGGGUGGAAGGCGGAGAUGGUCCCUAAAUGGGCUGAACCACAGCGGGCUGGGCUGAUAGGGCUGUACUGGAUUGUCCUCUCCCCGGACGACCCUGAAACGCCCGCCCGCCUCUCAGCACACUGGGCAGCGUUUCCAGCAGAAGCCUCGCCUCUGAAAGACAGCGUGAAGACGGGUGUCCUUGGCAAACCGCACAUACCUAAUCCCGUUCUGGCGGAAUUUUAUCCAGUUGGUCACAUCUCGCUCGAUGCGUGGAGCGACAAGUACAGGCUAGGCACGUCGGCAGCAGAGGGUGUCUACUCGCUCAACACAUUCUUUGUGUCGACUGUGUUGCAAAACUUUGGGCUUGGAGGGGCUGCGUUCAAAGAGUGUGAGCGAACGGCGAAAGAGGAACUUGGCGCAAAGGCCAUCACGCUCAACACCAUUGCUCCCGAAGAGCUUGCGGAGAACAACCCCACGCGGAUUAAGACGGGACGACCCGUGCCAAAGAUUUCUAAUUACGAGUGGUAUUCGCGCCGUGGCUACGUGCUGUAUGACAGAGAGCCCCAUGCAUGGGAGGAGCACGAUCCAGAGGGCAACGCGUACCCUAUCGAGUGUAUAUAUAUGCGAAAAGAGCUUGUUUAA